GCUGUGCUAUGGCUAGCCAGCAGCUAAUGUUAAUACUGGGAACUGCAGGCUGUUUUUCGUCUCAAACCUCAUAAUUAUCUUGUGGAAAAUAUCACUACGUGGUCUUUGCCGUUGGUCCUUAUCCUCCCGAUAGUGAGUCGUCCCACAUGGCCGAGAUGAUGACAGCGAAGCCUCCUCCGUUUCCGUGGAGAUGACCUGCCACCCUUUCUGGAAUGGUCAGAAUGGGGCCAGAUGUGCCCCUUCUUAACGAGUACAAGCAAGAGUUCUUCUGGAAGCGCUUCCCCCAAACCGUGUUGGGGGGUCCCCGCUUCAAGCUAGGCUACUGUGCCCCUCCUUAUGUAUACGUCAACCAAGCGGUUUUGUUCCUGACGCCAUGGCUGUUCGGCGGCAUCGGCACGCUUCUCUGCCAGCUGCAGCUGCUCCAGGAGCUUUAUGCCGCCGUUCUCUCUGGCAUUCUCAUGUUUGCAGCUGCGGCAGGUGUUCAGGCGCUGGCGCUGCACGCUGCACGGAGGAGCGGCACAGUAGUGGAGAGACUAGACGCACCCAACAACCUGGUUGAUGAGGAGGAGGUGGAGUUCACCCAAUGCAUCAGCCCGGAGACGGUCCGAUUCAUCGCUCCGGGGAAGCGGUUCGGCCUGAAUGUGGUUCUGCACACGGUCCUAGCUGGAGUUCUGUGCGGCUUGGGGACGUGGUACGUGUUCCUGGGCCGACUGACGGCUCUGUACGGCAGCACCGGCGCCUCCCUGGUCGUGUUUGUUCUCAGCUGGGUGACUCUGUGCGUAGCCGAGUACUCCCUCAUUGUAAAUACGGCCGCAGAGACGGCGACUUUCCAAGCACAGGACACUUACGAGAUCACGCCGCUCACCCGGCCGCUCUACGUUUUUAUCUUCAUCGCCGUGGAUUUGGCUGACAGGUUUUCUCACGCUGUUCCUGAGCUCCAGCUGGCCAGCCAGACGCUGCAUGUGGUUUUUGUCUUCCUGCCGCUGCUCUGGGCGCUGGGGGUUCUGCCGCCGCUCGACGCCUUGCUCCUCUGGGGAAUGGAGCAGGUUCUGGUGUUUGGCCUGGGAGGCUCACCCAUGUCCAGCAACAUCAGGUUGCUCUUUAUGUGCGCCGUGUCCUUUGGCGUCGCUGUUUGCAAUUACUUCAUCCCGUCAUCGUUGGGCGUUGUCCUCUUCUCCACCUCUGCCGGGUUUCUGCUGAGCCUGGACCUGAGCCAGGUUGCCACGCUCUGCAGGCGCCAGAGAACCUCCUUUAGGGACCACAGAGUUCACAGCGGGGGGUCGCCAUCUUUCCCUCUCACUUCCUUCGGUUGGAGCCUCGGCUGCCGGGAGCUGCUCCUGUUUUCCAGCCUGCUGGCGGCGGCCACGGCAGAGGCUGGACUGUUGCAUCACUUCAUUGGCUCAGCUCAGUCCCAGGUCUUGGUUACAGGACCUCGGGGUCCAGUUAGCUACCUCCUCAUCAUACUUUUCUCUCUCUGCUGGGCUCUAAGAGAGAUCCAGGGAGCUUAUGUAGUUGCAGGGAUGUUCCUGAAUCCCCUGUACCCCAAAGGAAUGUCCAACGUUCAGAGCUUCAAGCAAAAGAGCAAAGGGUUGCACAUAGCAGCUGCAAUCCGAAGAGUCCUACUUUAUCUUGUUUCUCCGUUUGCAAUGGUUGCGUUUCUGUCUAUGGACGAAUCUCUGCAGUCGCUCCACAGUGUCACCGUCAGCAUGGGAUUGACGCGAGCCUUUAGAGCGGUGUGGCAGAGCUCAGAGGACGCCCUUUUGCAGAUGGUGGUGGUGAUCUUAGUACGGCUUGCAGCUGGAGGUAAAACCCUGCCUGGAUGGGACGCCUUAGGAACUGGAGUUCAGCUUCUUCUGGUGGGACUGCUGAUGGACAGACUGGGUCAGUUCCUGGGCAAGCUGAAGUUCACCCUCACUGUCCUGGUGACGUCCUGGACAGAGAAGAAGCAGCGGCGUCAGUCGGCCGGGACUCUCCUGGCUCUCAACGCCUCGCUGUGGCCUCUGGUGCUGGCUGUGGUGACCCUCUCUGCCCUGCUCUCUGCCCCCCUGCUGCCCCUUUUCACCCUGCCCAUCUUCCUGGUGGGAUUUCCCAGGCCGCAGCGCAGUUGGCCGGGCCCGGUGGGGACGGCCUGUCCCUGUCCGGACUCCGUCUUCUACCAGCAGAUGAGUGGAAGCUUGGCCUCUGCUCUAAGGACGGCCUUUGCAAGCGGUUCACUCGGUUCUGUCGCUCCGGGCUCGCAUUUCCUGGGACGUUUCCAGGACCGUAUGGUUUGGAUAAUGAUCCUGGAGAGAGGAUACGGCUACUGUACCGUUAAUAUUAAGGGUUUGGAGCUGCAGGAGACGUCCUGCCACACGGUGGAGGCCCGCCGCGUGGACGAGGUGUUCGAGGCCGCCUUCGAGCGCCCGGAGCGGCUCGGCUUCACCCAGGGCUUCAACCUGCACUGGGGCAACGCGCUGACGCCCUGCGCCGCCCUGGCGGUCCGGGUCUACUCUGACGCCAGGAACGUCCUCUCCGGCAUCAUCGACUCCCACGACAACCUGAGGAAACUGCAGGAGGACUUCAUGAAGGCGCUGACCUGGCUGCUGCUGCGCCACUGUGUGCAGAGGCAGAAAGGUUUGCUGUGGAGCAGCGAGGUCGGGUCGACCGUCGGAGGCGUGAAGUCCCAGUCCUCCCAGUUGGCCCAGACCACAUGUAACCCGCCAUCCGAGGCUGUCGUGGUGGAGUCCAACAUGUCCUCUCUCAGGUUCAGACAGGACAGCUCCAGCUUGACGUCGUUCGGGGACUGGUCGGACGAGGACGACCUGUUCGGGCCUCAGCCGGCCCGGCGGACCGUGGCGUUGGUGACGGCGGAGGCGCAGCGGGGACACGCGGCGCCGCAGACCGGCGCAUCGCUGCCCGGCUCCGUAGAGAUGGACAGCCUGUUUGAGAACAUGGCGCUGUCCGCGCUGCAGCCGCUGCAGCCUCUGGGGCUCAGCAUCGGCAUGCCGGCGGUGGACAGAGGCCGGAACUCGGAGGUGCUCAGGGAGAGCCCUCACCUGAACUUCAGCUGCCCGCAGUCGGAGGCGUUCAACCUGCCUCCGGUUUGGAGGACGGCGCCGCUGCUCCCGUCCCGCCUGCUGUCGCUCAGGCCGUUGUUCCCGGAGGAAUGGUUUCGCUUCAGCCUGGGGCGCUUCGGGCUGGCGGCGCAGGGGGAACCCCUGGAGGACAUGACCAAAGCCCUGAAGGAGGACGAGGUUUUGAAGGAGCUUCACGUGAAGGUGGCGCUGUCCUGCCUCAUCUCUGUGGGGGCGGAGUCGGCGUUCACCAGCCCCAGUUACAUCUACAGGCUGUACUGCGGAGACGUGCCGUGGACGGAGGGACUGGACUGGCUGUCUUCAAGCAAAGAACUUUACCAGCUCACACUGCAGGCCUUCAGGUUCAGCUUCAAGCUGCUCUUUGACCAGGCCAGCCUGGGGCCCAUGGAGUCCCCAGAGGAACUGUUCAGCACUUUAGAGGAAUAUGAACGGGACUGGUACAUCGGCCUGGCGACGGAAAGAGGCUGGCACGACAGCGUCCUUCAGGAGAAGCCCUUCCUGUUCUCCCUGGGACACGACCUCACAAUGGGAACCUACACGGGUCGGGUCCUGUCCCUGCAGGAGCAGCUGGUGCAGGUCGGCCGUCUGAACGGAGAAGGGGUCAGAGGUCAGUGGGCAAACCUUUCCUGGGAACUCCUGUACGCCACCAACGACGAUGAGGAGCGGUACAGCAUCCAGGCUCACCCGUUCAUGCUCCGAAACUUGACAGUUCAGGCCGCCGACCCGCCCCUGGGUUACCCCAUCUACUCCUCCGCCCCGCUCCACUUCCCCUGCUUCUGACCCGGAGUCCCUCAGGGCGCCUUUGUUUCAAAAGAAAACACCUCAGUUUGUUUGUCAGCUGUUGAGGUUGUGCAUUGUUUUCUGUUUGGACACCCAUCAUCUUUCUAAUUAAAGCUGCAGGAUGUAACUUUUAUAAAAAUUAUUUUUUUACAUUUUUGUUGAAACUGUCACUAUGUUGUCAUGAGACAGAAAACAGGUGAAAACGUUAAUCUCCUCCACUUCCUCCCUGAGCUUCUAUUGCAGCUCUGAUUGGGUGACUGAAAACAACCAAUCAGAGCCAGGAGGCGGGUCAUAGCGCUGUCAAUCAAUCUCAUGUAUUCAGAAGCAUUUUACCAUAAAGGAAGACCAUUUUUCCAACCUGCUAACUGAUGUAGCAUUCACGACAUGCUACGCUAAUGGGAAAAAGUUGUAGCAGAGGUUGAUUGACAGCGCUAAGACCCGCCUCCUGGCUCUGAUUGGUUGUGUCUAGCAUAGGAGCUUGAUUUCUUUCUUUUUGUUUUAUCUGUUUCAUAAAGUCAUGACAUUGUUACAAUUUUAACAAAUAUGUAAAAAAAAUAUAUGUAUUUUUAAGAAGUUUUUAAUAAUUUUUAACAGGAACUGUAGCACCACUUUAUAUAAUAAUGUCAUAAAAUUGGGAUUUAACAUGUAAUAAAACAUCUUUAAAGUUGCUGUACGUAACUUUUAUAUAAAAAAUAGACAUAUUUGUUGAAGCUGUCUGUCAUGAAACAAAUCAUCUAAAAAGCUCCUCCACCUUUUCCCAGUGGCAACCAAUCAGAGCCAGGGGGCGGGUCUUAAUGCUGUCAAUCACUCUCAACCUUGCUCUCUGCAGCUAGAAGAGAGCUGUGCAUGCUAGGCGGUAAACAAUUUCUCUGUUAAGAUAAAUUAUUUCUCCACAGUUAACACAUGAAGCAGCCAAUAGGAAGUGGCCUGACAGUGCUAAGCCCCACCUCCUGGCUCUGAUUGGUUGUUUUAGGUUGGAGGCGGAGCAUUUCUUCAGCAGCAGCUCGGAUAUGAGGUGGAGAUCAAUCUUUUCUUUUCACAGAUUAUCUCAUGAUAUAGUGACAGUUCCAACAAAUGUUAAAGGGACAUACCGCAGCUUUAAAACAGCAUUAUAUAAUAACGCAAAAUGUAAUAAAUACAUAUUGGAUCGUUUUUACUUGCAGGUUAAUACCGCAAGUUCUGGAUAAAAAGCAAACUAAAUGACCAAAGUUUCAACUUAAAUGGUUAUUGAAUCUACAACAUGAUCGCUUUAUGAAGUACAAUCAUUAGUAUGAACAAAAAAUAGAUUAAUCGUUUAUUACGUUACAUUAUUUCAAAAACAGUUUUUCUAAAUAAUCAGCACAAAAUGUGAAUUUUAUUAGAUUUUGCAUUUAUUAUUCCAUAAUGCUGCAUUACAGAAACAUUUGAUGCAGAGCACAUUUCAGUCUAUUUGAACUGAAAAGAAAAUCCACUUCCUUUUUAGGAAAACAUCUGGUUUUAUUGAACUUUUUCCACGUUUUUCUGAUUUCAUCUCCAAGUCACCAAAAAAAGGGACGAUAAUUUGAAUGUUCUGUUCAGGAUGUCAAGGAUGUGCCUUGGGAAUGUCUUGCUCUCUUUAUGUCAGUGCUAUUGUUUUUGUUUACAAUCAGCUGUUUACAGGCGUUCAAAGGAAUGUGUCCACAGAUUUCUGUACAUACUGAUUUUUAUAUAUGUGUAAAUGUACAUACUUGAAAUAAAAUGUUGGGGAAAAAAAAUGUUUUUUAACGUUA